UUUUUUACAUUUUAUAUUUAUACAAGUUUUAUUCGUUUGUUAUAUACUAUUGUAAUUGUUAUUAACGGCAAUGGCAGACGACGAGCGUUUUCAUCAUUUAAUUUCAGCAAGAGGAUACGUAAAGGGCACGUUGACACGGAUUUUUAAUUUUGUGGCUAGUGAACAAUUCAACAAGGCGACUAUGGACACCUUAAACAUUCGCAAGUCGCGGCUCGAGACUUCGUUCAAGGAGUACGAGCAGUUUAAUGUGGAAAUAAUACAACAUAGUGAUGACGACAAGGAGGAUGUGGAGUCCAUGGAGGACAAGUAUUACUCGGCCCUUAGUUCCCUGAGCAGCCAACUGUCUUUGCUCUCUGGUACGGCUAUGCGUACCGAGAAGCCUAACACGCCGUCAACGUCGUCUGUCACGGCUGCCAAGCUCAAUCUGCCUCAAAUACAAAUUAAACCUUUCACUGAUACCUACACGGCACGAGCAUAUCAGAUGGAACGAGACCUGAAGGCUGACCCGUCCCUCAAGGAGUUCCUUGAGUACCUAGAACGAUGAGCCAUGGCUCUGGAAACUGCAGACCAGGGUAUGGUAAGGAAGAAACUGGCUGUCAACAUCGCAACCGACUCAGGAGCCUCCGGAUGUCUGAAAUGUGAUACUGCCAUCCACGGAGCCAGAGCGCCUCUCAUCGCAGAAUGAGCUGCCCACACCGCGCUUCAUAAACACCGAGUUCGGCUAUGUAGUGGGAGGUAGUAUUGCAGACCAGCAUGCG